CUUGCUUACGUGCGGUUGUGCGCGGGAGAGCGAUCGUCGCGGAGAAGUAGUAGUGGCGAGAAGUUAUUAGCGACGCUCGAGUCUUCUCGCUCCCGACUGUGAUCAACGUUUGCGCGAGCGAUUUUUAUUCGCGUUUGUGUUGCACGCGCUCGCCUAACAAGUGUCUCUCUCUCCCCCCUCCCCUUCUCUCGCGGAGUUUCGAAAGUUCCGGAAAAAGGAGAGAAGCGGAUGCGCGCGCGCGCUUCUCUCUCUCUAUAUACGCGUUUAGUGGUGCGACAGCCACACACGGGCGUUCUUCCGCAUAUAUUCGAUCCCGAAUGCGCGUACGAAUUGUAACAGCUUUAGUGGAGUGAUUUCGUUUUCCGUCUCGUAAAUAUACGGCGGUCGUCGCUCUCGCUCUCUCUCUCUCUCUCUCUUUCUCUCCUGUCACCGCCACGCGGGAAUCGGUCAAUCUCUCGUCGUGCGGCUCAUUUGUCGGGAAUACAUACAUAUAUAUAUAUAUAUUAUAUAUAUAUAUCCCCUCCCCCUCGCGGCGGGGGAACAGUGUGAAGCGUCUGCGGUGGAAAGUUCUUCGGCUCACUUCACGAUUCGUUCGUCGAUAGGAAUCUUCUCGCGGGGAUGUUGAGAUAGCCCACCCCGCCAUUCAUCCAGCGCAGGACUGGAUUACCAUGCUGGACACGGCCACGAGUCGCAGGUGGCUUGACGUCCAAACUAAAACUGUGAAGAGUACAGAUUGGCAACAUUAUGCUUGUAACAUAGCAGCGAAACUUCGACCAUCUUCUUCUUGAAUCGCACUGCGAUGUUGUUUAGGUAAGCGGGUGGGAGGCGCUGCUGACCGGUGGCGGCGGCGGCCAUGCGCCCCGGCCCGCCAGUACAGCCGAGCCGCCGCAGGUCUCCCCGUCGCCAGCAUCAUCCGUAUCAGCAGCAGCUCCAUCGGGAGCGCGACCGCAAGCAGCGGCAGGAGCAUCCUGUUCCAUCGCGUCUGCCGCGCGUCGACGGUCCGCGCGCCCUCCUGGUACUGCUGCUACUGGCCAGCAGUCCCCUGGUCCUGGCUCGGGCUCAGGAGUCGCCGGAGUCAUCGGCGAUUCGGUACAAAUUGACAGCCGCCUCUCAUCAAAAUCUCUGGUCGGGGGGCAACAACACGGCGGCCCAGCCGCUGAACUUGACCAUCGGCUACCUCACCGCCAUCAAGGGCGGCCUCAAGGAUCGUCAGGGUCUCGCCAUCUCCGGCGCUCUGACCAUGGCUCUCGACGAGGUCAACAGCGAUCCGAACAUUUUGCCGAACGUUACGCUGGUGAUGCGAUGGAACGACACGAGGGGAGAGACUACCGAAGCUACCAAUGCAAUGAUCGACAUGAUCUGCGACGGGGUCGUGGCCUUUUUCGGACCGGAAGGCACUUGCUACGUUGAGGCAAUUGUCUCUGAAGCCCGUAACAUACCUAUGCUCAGUUAUAAAUGCUCGGACUACAAGGCCUCAAAAGUGAAGACCUUCGUGAGGACCGAACCACCAGAUACGCAGGUGACCAAGUCGGUGAUCACCCUGCUACAGCACUAUGGAUGGAACAAAUUCACGAUCGUGAGCGAACGCGCCUGGUCGACGGUCGCUCGUUCGCUGCAAGAAGAUGCAACCAGGAAGAAUCUCACUGUGAAUCAUUACAAGAUCGUCGAGGAUCGGCACACGUGCUGCGAGGAGAGGCUGCCUUGCUGUCAAGUCAGCGUAUGGUUCCAACUCAUACAGGAGACCAAAAAUAUGACCCGUAUUUACAUCUUCCUCGGCACACCAAUGUCACUGAUAGAUAUGAUGAAUUCGAUGCAAAGCCAAAGGCUGCUGGACGACGGACAAUACAUGGUAAUACACGUGGACAUGAUGAUGUAUUCGCAACGUGAAGCACAAAAAUAUUUAUGGAAACCAGAGCACUUCGACACUCUAAAAAACUGCCUCGAGCCUAAGGACUUUUUGAAGAGGGCACGUUCUCUGAUGGUCGUCGUAUCGACCCCACCGACGAAGAAUUACGAAGAAUUCACUAAGAAGGUCGGGCAGUACAAUAGCAAAGCGCCUUUCAAUUUCAUAGUUCCCCAUCUUCUGCGAAAGUAUGAAAAGUACGUCUCCAUUCACGCGGCCUAUCUGUAUGACUCUCUCAAGCUUUACGCGAGAGCCUUAGAUCAGCUGAUACGAGAUCAUCCGAAUCAAUCUGUCGAGGAGCUUGCUAAAAAUGGCACUCUUAUAGUCGAGACGAUUAUUAAAAAUCGUACAUAUCAAAGCGUGAGUGGGGCGACCAUCAAGCUGGAUAAAUAUGGAGAUUCGGAGGGGAAUUUUUCUGUUCUUGCUCUGAAAAAAAAUCCAUUCGAUCGUCACAAUUUCUCCUGCGACUAUCAAAUGUUGCCUGUGGGCCAGUUCCUGCAGCAGGGUGAAAAUCUAGUGUAUAAACCUUGGGGCGCUAUGGAAUGGCCUAGUAAAACUAAACCGGAAGCAGAACCUGGUUGCGGUUUUCUCAAUGAACAUUGUCCGCAAGACGACACACAUCUCCGCAGUAUUAUCGCCGCUGCGGGGCUAGCCAUCUUGCUAUUCUGCGCUGCAGUAAUCACUAUGAGUAUAUACCGGAGAUGGAAAAUAGAACAGGAAAUAGAGGGAUUGCUUUGGAAAAUUGAUCCGAGUGAGAUACACGGUUAUCCUCAUCUCGAUAACAUGGUGUCCUCCCCUAGUAAGUUAAGUUUAGUUAGUGCAAUGUCCUAUGAGUCGAGAUGUGGCGGCCAAGUAUUUGCGCAAACCGGGCAUUACCACGGUGUAGUGGUGCGAAUAAAGGAGUUGAAAUUCUCGAAGAAAAAAGACAUUUCACGGGACGUUAUGAAGGAGAUGCGCGUUCUCCGUGAAAUUAGACAUGGUAAUCUCAACUCUUUCAUCGGAGCGUGCGUGGAGCCGAUGAGGAUAUUGUUAAUUACUGACUAUUGUGCCAAAGGAAGUCUUUAUGAUAUCAUUGAAAACGAAGAUAUAAAAUUAGAUGAUAUGUUUAUUGCAUCGUUAGUUCACGAUCUCAUUAAGGGUAUGCUGUAUAUUCACGAGUCAUCUGUGCUAGUCUGUCAUGGUAAUCUAAAGUCUUCCAAUUGUGUCGUGACUUCACGUUGGGUGCUCCAAGUCUGCGAUUUUGGUCUUCAUGAUAUGCGUCAUUGCGCCGAAUCUGACAGCAUCGGUGAACAUCAGUAUUAUCGAAGCUUGUUUUGGAAAGCGCCCGAACUGCUAAGAAACCCGCAUGCUUCGAUUAGAGGCACUCAAGAAGGAGAUAUUUAUUCUUUUGCCAUUAUUUUAUACGAAAUUCUCGGACGAAAGGGACCGUAUGGAAAUAUAAAUCUGGAACCGAAAGAAAUCAUAGAUCGAGUGAAAAAGUUCCCGGAAGAUGGUGAACCACCAUUUAGGCCUAACUUAAACAUACUCUCCGAAACGAAAGCAAAUUGCGCCGAUUACGUCGUCGGUACUAUUAUGGAUUGUUGGUCGGAAAGUCCGGAGCUUCGACCAGAUUUCAAAAUUAUAAGAACAAGAUUGAAGAAGAUGAAAGCUGGAUGGCAUCGAAAUAUAAUGGAUCAAAUGAUGAAUAUGAUGGAGAAAUAUGCAAGCAACCUCGAAGAUCUAGUCACCGAGCGUACGGGACUUCUUUUGGACGAGAAAAAGAAAACUGAGGAUCUACUUCAUAGAAUGUUACCUAAGCCCGUUGCGAAUUGUUUAACAAACGGUAUUGGAGUAGAACCGGAAGCUUUUGAUUUGGUUACAAUAUACUUCAGCGAUAUCGUCGGUUUCACGGCGAUGUCGGCAGAAAGUACACCAUUUCAGGUUGUAAAUUUUUUGAAUGAUCUGUAUACAUUGUUUGACCGUAUAAUCAGAGGAUAUGAAGUUUACAAGGUAGAAACGAUCGGGGAUGCUUACAUGGUCGUUUCCGGUCUUCCAAUCAGAAAUGGAGAUCAGCACGCUGGACAGAUAGCAUCGAUGUCAUUGGAAUUACUUAACGCUGUCAAACAUCACACAAUACCUCACCGACCUCAAGAAACUCUCAAGCUACGUAUUGGUAUCCAUACUGGUCCUGUAGUAGCGGGUGUUGUCGGUUUGACGAUGCCUAGAUAUUGUUUAUUCGGAGACACUGUUAAUACAGCAUCUCGCAUGGAAUCUACUGGAGAACCAUUACGAAUACAUAUCAGUAAGCAGUGUAAAGAAGCUCUAGAUAAAAUCGGAGGUUAUCAAGUCGAGGAACGAGGCUUUGUUGAAAUGAAAGGAAAAGGAACGGUGAAGACGUAUUGGCUUACUGGAGCUACUGUGACGCACAGAAAAAAUAUAGAGAACUUUAACGAGGACGAAAAUCUUCCACCGCUAUUCUGUAGACCACGAAGAAGUCCAAAAUUAAAUCCAGACUCACGAUACGCGUCGCUAUUAGAUGGAUUAGGUGCCGGAAGUCGCAGGCAUUCAAGUGUACCGUAUCCAAUGGCUGAUGAUUCGUCUUCCCAGUGUGGUGGGUCUAGUCCAGUUCCACGACCAUUACAUAUUCGCAAGCUCGAGAAAUCCCCCUUGUCUCUAACUGAAAGCGUUUCGAAGACCACACUGGAUAAUAUUUCAAUUCAGGAGGAAAGUGUGCAGAGACAUUUCAAUAUCAAAUCGGUCGACGAUCUGUUCAUAAAUGCUGGACCGAAAUUUAGAAAAAAUGCGCGUGCCUUGUCUACUAUCGCAUCUUCAUCGUCGAGCGACUAUCCAUCUCAAACUGUCAUACGCGAAUCUCGUUCGUUGGACCCGAUUCCCACUGAUAUAUAUAACAAACGUUUCGAAUCGCCGAACUUUUGGAAGGAGAACGAAUGCACAGAGACCGAUUCGAAAGUGGAUAUUUCGGAGAAACUGCUGAACAAUAAUUAUCCUAAUGGUAAUGUGAUAAUGAUGCCUCACACCGAUAAUUCGCCAAAUGAAGCAGAUCCACUGUUAGACGGUGACGAAGAUAGUGAAGGCAAGAGGGAAAUACGGGAGAAGCGUUCGCGCUCGCUGGAUCAAGUGGUAUCUGCAUCUAGCAUGGACAGUGUACCUGAUAAAAAGUCGUCCGCGCGAAAGUUAUUAGAAAUUCCACCUGUUUCAACCAUCAUUCAGAUAUUCAAUGGUAAUGGAUUGCGGAACAGCAACCACUCUUUAAGGAGAGGAAUAAUGGGGCAAAACGAGCGCGAAAGUGUGGUUUAGUAUAUAUACAUUCGACAAAUAUAUAUUUUUUUAAUUACGACAAACUGGUACGGUAGCAAGGAAUAAAAUCAUGUGUGAAACUUGUGCGCUACCAGAUGCAUAACUAUGUGAAGCAUAUUACGUUUACGAGUCAUAAGCAUGAUUUAUUGUUGCCAUCUUUUUUUUUCUUUUUUCUAGCUUAGAUAUGUGCAAUUUAUGUAUAUGAAAGUUACCGACAUACGCAUUGUAUAUUUUAUUAUCUAGGUAUUUUAUAACUUGUGUACACUAAAACGCGUGCAUCGAAGCGAUGCAAAAAAAAAAAAACCAACUUUUACAUGAUUUACAGGAUCUCUCGCCUGUUCUUUUUUCUUUAUUAAAAUUUUUAAUUUGAAUGUUAUGAUGGAAACAAUAAACUAUUUUAUAAAAAUCAUGACCAAAGUACACCACGGACACAUUUAGAUUGUUUUCGACUAUUCAUCUCGUUUAAUAAUAUGAAAAGGAAUUAGGAUGGCAUCGUAUAUAAUCGGUCAGAAUGGUUUAAAGGCUUUUUGUUUCAUAGGUAAUUUUAUAUUUCUAUAUAGUUUUGUAUGAAAAAAAAGAUAAGGCAAAAAAAUUAUUAUUAAAAUUAUAUAAUAAUGUAAAUUUGUAAAUUGCCUAAUAAACGAAAAGUUUCUCAGCCGUUCCAAUGUCGACUGUAUAUACACGCGCGUAUAAAUAUGAAGCAUGAAUGUGUAAGAGACGUGUGUAUAUAAUACAUAUAGCUUAUAUGUAUAUCUAUAGUAUCUUUAAGUCUAUACUUGUUCAUUAAAGGAAGCAAAUUGUCCGUAUGGCUGUGAGAAGUAAACUAGAUUAUACCUAAGGUGCUUAGUAAUAUAUCAUGUUGUCAAAUGUAUAUAACUAAAAAAAUAAUAUAUCAAUGUAAAAAUAAAA